GUCCCUUCCACCAGCCCGCCAGUACGCGCAGGCCCCCCGUGCCCGCUCCAGCCCCGCGGCCCGCUCUCUCCACCCUUCCCGGCUCGGCUCCAGUCGCCCGCGCAGCCAGCAGCCGCCGCCGCCGCCGCCGCGGGCGGACCCAGCGCUCCGCUCCGCUUGGGUGCGCGCCGCGGCCAUGCAGCGCCGGGGCGCCCUGUUCGGCAUGCCGGGCGGCAGCGGCAAUAGGAAGAUGGCUGCAGGAGACAUCGGCGAGCUGCUGGUGCCCCACAUGCCCACGAUCCGCGUGCCCCGGUCCGGGGACAGGGUCUACAAGAACGAGUGCGCCUUCUCCUACGACUCCCCCAAUUCUGAAGGUGGACUCUAUGUAUGCAUGAAUACAUUUUUGGCCUUUGGAAGGGAGCAUGUGGAAAGACAUUUUCGAAAAACUGGACAGAGUGUCUACAUGUACCUGAAGAGACACGUGCGUGAGAAGGUAAGAGGGGCAUCUGGUGGAGCUUUACCCAAAAGGAGGAAUUCCAAGAUUUUUUUAGAUCUAGAUACUGAUGACGAUUUAAAUAGCGACGAUUUUGAAUAUGAAGAUGAAGCCAAACUUGUUAUAUUCCCAGACCACUAUGAAAUAGCACUACCAAAUAUUGAGGAGUUACCAGCCCUGGUAACAAUUGCUUGUGAUGCAGUUCUCAGCUCAAAAUCUCCAUACAGAAAGCAGGACCCAGAUACGUGGGAAAAUGAAUUACCAGUGUCCAAAUAUGCAAAUAACCUCACCCAGUUAGACAACGGAGUCAGGAUUCCUCCAAGUGGUUGGAAGUGUGCCAGGUGUGACCUGCGAGAAAACCUCUGGUUGAAUCUGACCGACGGCUCUGUGCUGUGUGGGAAAUGGUUCUUUGACAGCUCCGGGGGCAACGGGCAUGCGUUGGAGCAUUACAGAGACCUGGGCUACCCUCUAGCUGUGAAACUGGGAACCAUCACUCCUGACGGGGCAGAUGUUUAUUCUUUCCAAGAAGAGGAACCUGUUUUGGAUCCUCAUUUGGCCAAGCACUUAGCGCAUUUUGGAAUUGAUAUGCUUCAUAUGCAUGGGACAGAGAACGGGCUCCAGGACAAUGAUAGCAAGCCGCGGAUCAGCGAGUGGGAGGUGAUCCAGGAGACGGGGACGAAGCUGAAGCCCAUGUACGGCCCUGGAUACACGGGUCUCAAGAACCUGGGCAACAGUUGCUAUCUCAGUUCUGUGAUGCAGGCCAUCUUCAGCAUCCCGGAAUUCCAGAGAGCGUAUGUAGGAAAUCUUCCAAGAAUAUUUGACUACUCUCCUUUAGAUCCAACACAAGAUUUCAACACACAGAUGACUAAGUUAGGACAUGGCCUUCUCUCAGGCCAGUAUUCAAAACCUCCGAUGAAAUCCGAGCUCAUUGAACAGGUGAUGAAGGAGGAGCCCAAGCCUCAGCAGAAUGGGAUCUCACCACGCAUGUUUAAGGCCUUUGUGAGCAGGAGCCACCCGGAAUUCUCCUCCAACAGACAGCAGGAUGCCCAGGAAUUUUUCUUGCACCUGGUGAAUCUAGUAGAGAGGAACCGCAUUGGCUCAGAAAACCCAAGUGAUGUUUUUCGGUUUUUGGUGGAAGAACGUAUUCAGUGCUGUCAGACCCGAAAAGUCCGCUACACGGAGAGGGUGGAUUACCUGAUGCAGUUACCUGUGGCCAUGGAGGCGGCAACCAACAAGGAUGAACUGAUUGCCUAUGAACUAACGAGAAGGGAAGCAGAAGCAAACAGAAGACCCCUUCCCGAGCUGGUUCGUGCCAAGAUACCAUUUAGUGCCUGCCUUCAGGCCUUUUCUGAACCAGAAAACGUUGAUGAUUUCUGGAGCAGCGCCCUACAAGCAAAGUCUGCGGGUGUGAAAACAUCUCGCUUUGCCUCAUUCCCUGAAUACUUGGUAGUGCAGAUAAAGAAGUUCACUUUUGGUCUUGACUGGGUUCCCAAAAAAUUUGAUGUUUCUAUUGAUAUGCCAGACCUACUUGAUAUCAACCAUCUCCGAGCCAGGGGGUUACAGCCAGGAGAGGAGGAACUUCCGGACAUCAGCCCCCCCGUAGUUAUUCCUGAUGACUCAAAAGAUCGCCUGAUGAACCAGUUGAUAGACCCAUCAGACAUCGAUGAGUCAUCGGUGAUGCAGCUGGCCGAGAUGGGUUUCCCUCUGGAAGCGUGUCGGAAGGCUGUGUAUUUUACUGGAAAUAUGGGAGCCGAAGUGGCCUUCAACUGGAUCAUUGUUCACAUGGAAGAGCCAGAUUUUGCCGAGCCGCUGACCAUGCCGGGUUAUGGAGGAGCAGCUUCUGCUGCAGCCUCUGCUGGGCUGGAUAACCAACCUCCGGAGGAAACUGUAGCUCUCAUUACCUCCAUGGGAUUCCAUCGAAAUCUGGCUCUUCAGGCGCUACGAGCAACGAAUAGUAACCUGGAAAGAGCACUGGAUUGGAUCUUUAGCCACCCUGAGUUUGAGGAGGACAGUGACUUUGUGAUCGAGAUGGAGAAUAACGCCAACGCGAACAUUAUUUCCGAAGCCAAGCCUGAAGGACCUAGAGUCAAGGAUGGAUCUGGAAUGUAUGAAUUAUUUGCGUUCAUCAGUCACAUGGGGACAUCUACCAUGAGUGGACACUACGUUUGUCACAUCAAAAAGGAAGGAAGAUGGGUGAUCUACAAUGACCACAAAGUUUGUGCCUCAGAAAGGCCCCCUAAAGACCUGGGCUACAUGUACUUUUACCGCAGGAUACCAAGCUAAACCUCAGACGUACAAAUUGGCGAGAAGAAGCCAUACACCUUUUUAAUUUGCCAAAAAAAAAAAAAAAAAGUAAGAAGUUGGGACAGCCAGACAUGAGGGAAUACAUGGGGUAUUUAUAGUUUAUUUAAAGAACAUCCAUCAUUUGACGCCUUCUGAAGUAGAACUGGGAGGAAAUUUCUAUUAGUGAUGAUACACUACUGUAGAUAAUUUUUCUUUUUAUAAAUGUUUAAGAAGAGGAUGGUUAAAAAAAAAGUAUUCCUGUUGCUGGUGGGGGAUCUGCCACUGGCGCAUCAACAGCAGGAAGUGCCGCCAAUCCUCUGUUCUGCUUUGGGGGUCGGCGAUAGUGGCCUCCAGAGGAACCAAGUAAUGGGGCCAGUCGUGUCGCCUACCCACCGUAAACAAAAAGCCCACUUUCGUUUCAUAUCGAAAAUCUGUAACUGGGCUGGGCUUUAUUUGUGAUAUAAGUUUUUUUCAUGACACACAAUGAUUUCUGACCUCUCCAUGUAGAGUAGAUUAGAACAUCUACAAUGAAAGAUAUUUUUAAUUUAAUCAUAUCAAAAUUCAUAAUACGAGUGUGUGAAUGUGUGUGAGAAUGCGACUGAGAGUGUGAGACCUUUAUAGUCAACUAGAAAAUCUGUGACGGGUUGGUUUUUAAAGGUUAAAAUAGUUGGUAGUAAGCAUAGCUGGAAAAAGCAAGUCAAUAUUUUAAAGAAACUCUAACUCAGGAACAGUUUAAAAAAUUAGUUCCCCGCUUAGAUUUUCAGGCGUCAAAAGGGCUGUUGUCCCUUUCAGUGCUGUCCAGAAUUCAGUUGGGUUUGUGACAUUUGGUCGUGUGAACGCAGAUGCCCCCAGCAGCACAGUGUUGUUCUUUGCCAAAGGUAGAUGAAUUCUGUUUCUCAGCAGCCCUUCCCCCAAGGCAUAGUCAUGUGUACUGUUAGUUAAAAUAGCUGAUCUCUUCUUACCAUGACACAUGACAACUCGCUGGAAUCAUGUUAAGUGCCCCAAAUUUGUCUGUAAUUUUCUCAUCCCCCAGCUCUUCGCUUGUCUUCAUUUCUAUGUGUUCUGGGGCCAGAGUCUCAUCUCUGCCCUUUGUUGGCUAAUCACCUCCUGACUUACCUUCACUGCUUAUCUGCUGUGACCAACAGUGUGAUCUUCAGCCGUUUAAGGGUUUCAGAUGCAAAGAAACUUUAUAUGACAUUAUGAAAGACCAUUGUUUCCGUUUCGGUGUUUCAGCAUUUUAGUUGCAACCUGGGAUUAAAUCAGAGUUUCAGAUGUGAUGAAAAAGUGGAACGAUAGUGCUCUGUAAUUUUCCUACUGCUCUGUACCAAAUGCUAGGGUCUCUGGAAUUUCUAUUUCAGAUUAUUUAGUCAAAUAAAAAAGGACUUAUUGCUGUCUGCUUAAUAUGCAUUUGAUUGGUAGAAAGGAUCUUCCUGGAGACUGUAGGAAAAUAAAGUAGAACCAACUGGGUGAAAUAUAGCACAGAAUUCCACAAUUCUGUGAAGUCUGGAAGUUGGAUUAUGACAUGUGAGUUAUGAACAAUCAGGGUUCUGGUUAUGAUUGGGGCCCUUCUCACAGGAGACGUGAGCAAGGGAUGCAGAGCCUGAGGCCUGUGGCCCGUGGACCUGGGUGCGGCCCGUAGCUGGGCAAGUCCCUCAUCUUUCCUUAUGUGCACAGUGGUGUGAUGACCCCCUGCCCUCUCUUUCCGACUGUGCUUUGUGGAUCUGGAGAGAUCUGAUCGCUGACCAUUUGAAGAGCAGCAGGUGGUGUGCCCAGUGGGUGGGCCCUAGUAGAGCGCGCUUCCUCUCGUCUCUCCUCUGACAUUUUCUUCAGUUCGGGAACAAAUGAGAUUGGCAGAAGGAGGGAGCUCAUGGGGCAGUAAAUCUCUACUAAACUCUGCCCACUGGUGUCACCUUUUCACAUUGUCUUGGACACCUCAAAGCAGCCCCGCUCGGUGACACGAGUCCCUGAUUCCUGCAGAAACCCCCAUGCUAAGCAGCCUUACGGAGUCCCGUUUCCUUAGGGCUGUAGUACCAUAGAAUAGUGACUCCAAACACACAUCAAAAGUGACUUCUUUUCACCGCUGUUACAAAGGGAAGGCCUUUUCUGGGGGUGGGAGGGGGAUUGGGGCUUUGGAUUGAAAUGUGGACAAAGUUGGCAUGUGUAUUUUGAGCAAAUUAAAAAAUUUUAUAAUAAAAUCUUAUAAAGUGAACGGUGUAAAGUCAGUAUAUAAGAUUGCAGGCUCCACAUUACUUAAUUCAUUAAGCAGAAAAAGAAAUUUAGCCCUUUUGAUACCUAAACCUAUCGUAAGAAAGUGGAAUAUGGCUGCCUUUUUUUUCUCCUCACAAGACAAAGGGCUAUUUCUACAAGGCAAAGUUUUGUAUAUGUGCUGUUCUUUAUUUCAGAUUGAGAGUUGGGAAAACUGGAGCAAAUAUUGGUUUUCUUUCAUGCUUAUAAAUGUAUUUGUAUGUAUAUCUUAAUAUAUUCAAGGCAGGCUUCCCUGGAAUCAGAGUGUGGAAUAUACUGCUUAAUUUUACACACGUAUGUCGAGAUUAUUUAUGACUAAAAACUGGAAUAAUGUGUGUAUUUUGUCAACUGCUCAUCAGCCUGUUAGGCGUCUUCUGUGUGAGGUGUGGUGGUGUAAUUGUGAAAAUUCUCACUGCGUGGGUGUAUGUGUGAAAGAGAGCACUUUCUUCCUGUAAAUAUCUUUUAAUAUCCAUUUGUGCAGAAUCCUGAUGAAUGUGUCUUUGGAAAAUACAGCGUAUCAAAGUUUUUGUUUUGUCAAUUGAUCUAAGUGCCCACACAACUAAUCAGAAAUCCAGUUUGGUUCAGAUUGGGAUUUUUUUUUCAAGGGGAGAAAAAGUAUGGGGGAAGGACUAUUAAAGAAGAGUCAUGUUUUAAUGCCA